GCUCCCUCGACCCACUACCCGUACUCUAGUACACCAUACUUUGUUUACUCUAGAUGAGUGAGUGUUCUGUGCACGACUUCACGUGGUUCUGUGGUGGAGUUGUGGUGGCUGUGUUUACGGCACGUGGUGAGCGAGCAGGUAUACAAAUUCACUUCCCUGCCGCUGUCGCUUACGAGCACCUUCAAAGCGGAACGCUUGUACACACGAAGAAGAAAAAGAGCGCGGGAAGAGGAGGAUCUUGUUUUUGCUCUGGCGGCAUCACUCCAUCCAUUGCUUUAGUGCCGAUCCUUCUAAAUAGACGUCUCCCGCCUUGUAACAAUAUGUAAUGCGCGUAGCUUUGCAUCCGUGGUCGACAUUGUAAUAACACUAAUGCGGCAUAUUACACAGGUUGUCUGUCUGCCUUAAUUUUGUAUGCUGAUUUUAGGAUAUCUGUUACGACCCACCCAGACGAACGCUACAGACUCGUGAUGCCUACAGCUAAAAACAUUUUUCCUGGUUGCGCGAGGAGCACAUGUUUCACUUUGCGGCAGUUACGCGGUGAAGUGCUCAAGGCACAUAUCCCUGGAUGUUUGUACCGUCAUUUGUCUAAUUUGUUUUACUGUGCUACUGCUGUCGUUACAGCUUCUGCUGAUCUGAGUUGUGCCCGUCAAGAUAUAGGCCAUCUCUGCACCUUUGACAACAAUUAGCCGCAAGUGCUGAUUGCUGCUGGUUGGCUCAGUCCAGAAACAGGCCUCACAAAUGCGAUGAGCCUAGCUGAAAGCAUCACUGCCAAAAGGGUACGCCACGCCCCUUCAAUGGUUGUUGGUCAGGUAGAGGUUGGCAUGCAGCACAGCUUGCCUCUGGCUGACAAAUCUGUUGGCUGUUCGUUGAAACCAGGGAGCGAGUCUAGGAGCGUGCAGACUACGGAGGCUGUGGAACAGUUAAGCUCCACCUCAGCAUCGAGGCCUUUAAUUUCUGCAUCAACUGCCAAAUGUGACAACUCAAAGCAAGGAUGCUUCCACCGAUGUCAGCUAUGUGACUAUGAGACUGAUGAACUAUUUCUUCUGGAAGAACAUGCCAGCGACCAUACUGGCGAGAAACUGUUUCAUUGCCCUUUAUGCCCUCAGAGCUUUCCACAGAAGCAGAGACUGAGAACCCACCUGCUCACCCACACAAUCAAGACGCCAUUUCAGUGCACUUCAUGCUUUCGGAGCUUCUCGGAUAAAGGUCACCUGAAAGUCCACUUGCGCAUCCAUACGGGCGAGAAACCGUUUCAUUGCCUUUUAUGCCCUCAGAGCUUUUCUCAAAAGUGCAGCCUGAAAACCCACCUGCUCAACCACACAGGCAAGAAGCCAUAUGAAUGCCCUUCAUGCUCUCAACGCUUCUCGCGCAAGUCUUACUUGAAAGCCCACCUGUACAGCCACACAGGCGAGAAGCCAUAUCAGUGCCCUUCAUGCUCUCGGUGCUUCUCACGAAAGUACGACCUGAAAGUGCACCUCCUCACUCACUCAGGCGAGAAGCCAUUUGAGUGCCCUUCAUGCUCGAAGAGCUUCUCACAAAAGGGCAGUCUCAGGAGACAUGAGACGAGAAGCCAUUUCAGUGCCCACUCUGCCUUCAGAGAUUCUCGUUGAAGAAUGCCCUGGAGAUACACCAGUGCAUUCAUACAGGUGACCGGCCAUAAAGUUGCACCGUCUGCUCCAGGUCCUCAUCACUUGAACAGAUUAAAGAGAGCACAGCAACAUGGUGC